AUGACAGAAGCAAAUGCUGUUAGCCCUGGACCUGGUGCUCGUGUUCAAGUGAGUGUUCGUAUUUGUCCUCCUCGAGAAAGUGAAAAGGUGGUUUUACGGAGUGUUCCUGAUGACAAAAAAGCUGUUAUGGUUGACCAUGGGGGGAGUAAGACUGUGGAUGUAUUUAAAUUUGAUCGUGUAUUUACCGGACCUCAGGAUGAGUUGUACGAUGAGAUUGGAAGACCGAUGUUGAAGGAAGCUUUUGGCGGAUUUAACGUCUGUUUAUUUGCGUAUGGUCAAACAGGAAGUGGGAAGACGCACAGUCUUUUUGGGGACUUGAACAGCAAAGAGAAUUGUGGUAUAGCUCCACGUUUUGUACAAGAGAUGAUUGAAGAGGCACAGCGACGUGUAGAAACCGAUAGUGGGGCAACAAUUAAGUUCUUCGUAACUAUGGUCGAAGUGUACAUGGAAAAGGUACGUGAUCUCUUAGCACCGCGAGUGCGGGGACAGGAGCCAGAGUCCCUUGAGAUUCAUGAGGAUAACCAACGUCGCGUUUAUGUUAAGGGAGCUGGUGUCCACCCUGUACUAACUUUAGAACGCAUGCUUGAACUACUAAAAAUAGGUAAUGCAAACCGUCAGACAGGGGAAACAAAGAUGAACGAGACUAGUUCGCGAUCACAUGCCGUUAUUCAAAUUACCAUUUCGCAGAAGUACGAGUCUUUGGAGAUGAGAGAUGUGGAAAGUGUGGUUUUGUUAGUUGACCUUGCUGGUAGUGAGCGUCAGAGCAAGACUGAAUCCACAGGAAUUGCAUUUGAAGAGGCCAAAAAGAUCAAUCAAUCUUUGCUAAUGCUUGGUCGGGCACUAAAUUCAUUCAGUGAUAGGAAAGGAGGUGAUGCCUUUAUAUCGUUACGUGCCUCGAAGUUAACACGAAUACUUUCAGAGAGUUUUGGUGGUAACAGUAAGACUUGGAUGCUUGCCACUGUAUCUCCUACAGCAUAUAAUUUGACGGAAACUAUCUCCACAUUGGAAUACGCUCAAAAUGCUAUGGCUAUCACCAAUAAGGCUAAGGUAAAUAAAUUGGCAAGAAAUUUGGAAUUUGAUGAACUUCAAAAAGCUUCGUGGCUUUUACAAGUUCGACUGGAUGAUGAAACGAGGAGUAUUGCUGAAUUGGAUGCUCAGAGAAAUGCGUUGCUUGAAGAAAUAGAAUCAAUGAAAAAUGUGUUAACAGUUUCUAGUAGUUCUAAAAUUGAAGAGGAAGUAAAAAAUGCCCUGGAAGAGAGAGAAAAUUUAUUGCGUAUGCUUAGGAAAGCAUUGGAGGCGCAAAAUAGAAAGUCUGGAUCACCAGCUCCGCUUGUAUGUUUUUCUGGUACCUGCAAAACCUCCUUGGCGAAUAUACCAUUUGGAUCCUAUGAAGUGACAACUCUACCUGUACCAUGUUAUAAUUUGGCAGGACCUCCUCCUCUUCUGGUUUGUCGUAUUCAUCUGUAUUUAACAGCAGAAAAAAAUGUGGCAGUACUUGUUCGUCUUCAAGAGUUACAGCACCUCCCAGAUUAUGUUACAGGGGGUGUUCAAGUUACUAUGUGGUUUGACGGGAAUGCCUCUAGUUCUGUACAAACACCCAUUGUAAAACCGAAGAGUGGAAACCCACAGUUUUCACUUAAACAGACAUAUCUCUUUGGGCCAUUAACAGAUGAUCUUCAACAAUUUUUUCAGUUGGAUGUAUUGUACUUUCGCGUUGAAGGAAUAAUAUCAGAGAGCGCUUAUAUCUAUCCGCCGAGGAACGAGUCGUCAGUGGUAGAAGUAUUUUCGUAG